AUGUCCCUCGAGGCAUACACAAAACUCCCACCGGAUGAUAUCCCGAACGCCACCGUCGAUGGCGACACACAGCAGAAAUUCAUGAAACUCUGGGACAAAGACAAGAACUACACAGGAGAGCCGUACGACCUCCUCGAUGACAAGAUCCGAAUCUUCAUGAGCAUCUGCUACAACAUCCAAGUGAAACCGUCACAAUUUCACGCCCUUUUUCCCCGAAUCCUCGCCGGAAGAGCACAAACGUUCUACAUUGACAAGAUCGAAUGGACUACCACGUUUAGGAAGGCAUACGAUAGCAUCAAACAACACUUUGACACGGAAGUUAACCACGUCCAUUACUAUACAGAUUCAGGGAUGGACAUCUUACGAACGGGAAUCGAAUCGAUAGAUUCAUUCGAUGCCAAGUCUUACGAAUAUCGAAUCGAAUUUCUUGGCGUUCGAUUCGAUGUCGAAUCUGCCACGGCCCCGUUCGAUUCGCAUCGAAUCGAACGCGGAGUGCCUCGUUCGACGUUCGACAGCAUCGAAUCGAACGUGGCGUUUUUCGUUCGACAGACGAAUCGAACUGAGGUGCAUUUUAGUGCCCAUCGAAUCGAACGGCACCCAGGCGUUCGACCGAAUUCGAUCGAAUCGAUCGAAUGA